AUGGCGGACAACAUCAGACGAAUCCUCGCUGGAGAUGUCACGAAUCUACCGCGAAAGGAAUCCAACAUAGUCCGAAUAUUUACAAGCUCGACCUUCACAGGUAAUCCUUUUGAUUAAAUAUAGGAGCUUGAAAAAUUAUGAACAAGUCAUAGAGAGUUUUUAUACACCCGCAGUUUUCCCUGUUCUAAAUCAGCUAUCACGUGACCCUGCUCAAAUAAAGAUGUAUCCCGCUCAGGGUACAAAUAUGGCCAGGUUUUGCACGUGAUCGGGACGUGUUUGAAGAGGGUGGUGUGAUUGUGGCGUGAUACUUUUAAAGCUCUCUUCUUUGAACUUCUUGUUCCCUGGUUCUCUUACAGUCCAGGUCGAUCGCAGACACACACUCUCUUUCUUCCCUACUUCCUUCCCUAACGGGGAGGGGAGAGAAAUGAAAUACCAUCCUAAGCGCUCAUGUUUAGCUUGUUUUCUGGAUAUUCAUAUAUACUGGUCCCUCGGGAAACGGUCAGUUUUGUUUUACUUUCGAGUUUCAGGAAAUCAAAACUAACUGUUUCCCACGGAAGCAGACAUUCAGUGUAAAAUAUUCAGAAUGACUGAUUGAAAUGUUCAAGGUUCCUAUUGAAUAUGGAUAAAAACUUUCCUCCUGACUCGGCUCAUAAUUAAUGUUUAUCUUCAGAUACCACAGAGGAGAGAAAUCGCCUCAUAAGGGAUGUGUAUCCGAGCCUGCGGACUUUCUGUCAGCAACGAGGAUUAGAAUUUCAAGUUGUGGACAUGAGGUGGGGCGUGCGAGAUGAGGCCACCGCUGACCACAAAACCAAUGAGCUGUGCAUGCAGGAGAUCAAGAACUGUCAAAGACUCACGCCUGGGCCAAAUUUUGUGGUAAGUUUACAUUUUUGAAAGAACCAAAGAGUUAUGUUGAUAUCAUGUUAUCAUAGGUCUACAUUUACUGUAAAGGUUCCAUUGUUUUUUUUAGGGGAUAAUUCUACUAAUGAAUUUAAUUCAGUGUCUUCUAGGCGACAAAUAUGGCUAUAGACCAUUUCCUCACAAAAUCAAAGCAACUGAGUUUGAGAUCCUGCUAGAGGUGGCUCGAGAAACUUACGACCAGCCUGAACAUAUUGAUUUACUUCUGGAAUGGUUCUGGAAGGUAAAAUUGUAAGAGCUGAGACACGUUUCCUUUAAAGGUUUAACCCGGAAACAAUUAUCUGUCAAGGAAGAGAACACUGAGACUAAAAAGGACGUUAGGGUGAAUCCAUUCAUUUUUUUAAGGGGUCCAAUGCAGUCCUGUGGUUGGAAGAAUUUUGGUUUCAGACAAGUCGUAAAAAUACCCAGGGGGAUAGGGAGGGUAUGGACCCUCCAUAUGGAUCCUUAAUUGGGAUAAGGAUGGUUAACAAUAGCGGUCAUGAACAAGGACUAGUAAAGGCAAAUGCUAUCCUUGAGUUUUAUAAGAUUGACAAACAUUGCCGUACACUUUUUUGUAUUUUUUUAAAAAUUUUUUUUUAAUAAGGAGUGAACAAUUCCUACCUUUUGACUUACAGGAAACAAACGCCAUCCCAGCAGAAUACGUCCUUCAGCCGAUCACUUAUCAUUUUCCUCACUACACUGACUUAAGUGAGGCGAAUGAGGAGCUGAAUAGGCAGGAGAGGGACCAGUGGUGGAAGAUCUUCCAGUCGUUUCAGAGAAUUUUCAAAUGGACAGCAAGGAUCGCCACAGAAAGGAGGAAAAUUACAUUGCAACAAGCUCACAAGUAUUUUAGCUCAGGUGCGGACGCAUCAUAUAUAGACAUCUCACUUUUUAUAAAUAACAUGUGGCCACCACUGAUAUCAGAAGAUUAGGCAUAUACCGCGGCCCAUUUUAUAAUGCUGUUUGUGCGUGACAUUUUAAGAUGAACGCCAACUUGGAUUUGUCACCAAUUGAAAUUGUAGUUAUCCAAAACAAACCGCAUUAAAAGUAGAGUAAUGCAACAAAGCGAGCCAAAUUAAUGUUUUGGAGCUUUCAAAUUUCAUUGAAAGUGUAUGCGCCAACAUAGAAUUUGAAGCCAACAAAACCUACAAUUUUUUUCGGUUUCAAAAGACAGCGAGUCCCGUUAAACUCUAGUUUCUAAUGAUGUAAUCUUUACCAUCAUAUUUUAGUGACCGAGAAAGAAAUUGAACAUGGUAUUCUCGGUUCUUCAAGCCCUGACGACCAAACUCUUUGCUACAUACGCCACAUCUCGGAUAUCCAAGUAAAUCUUACCGACCAGAAUUCCCGAAAGUAUACCGACGUUUCCGAAGGGGAACAUGACCUCGAAGCACAAGACCUCUUGAUUAAAUUGAAACGUGACCGUUUGCUUCAGAGGCUUGGGGAGAACAACAUCACCCGCUUUGAAAUUCCUUGGAGCAACGGAGGAAUAAAUGUUUCUGACAGAAUGCACGAACAAUACCUAAACAAUUUCUGUCACAAGUUUGAAUCAGAUGUUCAGAGAUUGAUCAAUAAGAGCUUACAAAAUGCGGUGAGAGAAAAAGCGAUGGAGUCCAGCUUGUACAAAGAGGUUCUGCAUCAUGCUUGGUUUUGCCAAGACAAGUGCGAAGCAUUUAGAGGUCGGGAGGAUGUUCUUCAGAAGAUACGAACGUCAUUGAAAGACUUUGAAAAGAUCGAGCCUUUGGUCAUUUACGGUUCGUCAGGCUCUGGUAAAACGUCCAUUAUGGCUGUUGUCGCUAAGUCGGCGAGGCAGUGGCUCGGAGAUGGCACCGUAUGUGUUUUCCGUUUUCUCGGUACUUCCCCUGACAGUUCAUCGAUUCGAUUCACAAUAACAAGCAUAUGCCUCCAAAUAUGUGAAGUAUACAGUUUAGAGGCACCAAAGGGCGAUAUUUUAGAAGAUUUUUCUCAAUUAGUACGAUUUUUUCACGGUCUUGUCACUCGUUUGCCUGUCAGUGCUGCUAAGCCAUUGGUUCUUAUCUUGGAUUCGAUAGACCAGUUGUCUGCAACAAACAAUGCUCAUUUAAUGAACUGGCUCCCCAAAAAAUGCUCCCAGUUUAUAAAGAUUGUAAUUUCGGUACUACCAAAUUAUCACCAAAUUCUAUCAAAUCUGCGCCGAAGUCUUCCAAUAGAGAGAUGUUACAUUGAAGUCCCAUUCCUCACUAUCGAAAUGGGCAAGGAGAUUUUAGAAGCCUGGCUCCAAGGAAUUGGGAGAACCUUGACACAGGAACAAUUCGAGUUGGUCUUAUCAAGUUUCGCCAAAUGCCCUCAACCUUUGUUUCUUAAGCUGAUAUUCACAGAGGCAUCAAGAUGGGAUUCUUAUACAGAUGUCACUGGGCUGGAUCUUGGAGGUGAUGUACGCCAAGCUAUUCAACUUCUGUUCCAACGUCUGGAACGAAAACACGGCAAGACACUCACUUCGCGCGCCCUUAGUUACAUUACAGCUGGUAGAAACGGUAUCACUGCAAACGAGCUAGAAGAUGUGUUGUCACUGGACGAUGACGUCAUAGACGACGUUUAUCAGUAUUGGGAUCCUCCUGUUGAAGGUGUUGUCCGCUUGCCGAACCUAUUGUGGGCACGUAUACGUCAUGACAUCGAAGAAUUCUUGACAGAGCGACAGGCAGAUGGAAAAACUGUUAUCGCCUGGUACCAUCGACAGUUCUGGGAGGCUGCACAGAGCCAUUACUUGUCAAAACCCGACGAGAAGCAGGCCAGACAUUUAUUACUCGCAGAGUAUUUUGAAGGUAUGAUUUCGGUGCCACUUAUAUAUCCAAGGUCACGUAAAUCAGUCAAAUGUAAGAAAACAAGCCUAGAUUCUAAUUAAAUGUUACUGAACUAGCCAGUAUUUGGGAUCAAACCAAAGAAGGUGACAAACAAUUUAGAUGAACUUUACUUCGUCCUCCUGAAUGAGCACGGACUUCUGUCAAGGAAUGAGGAAUAAGUUAUCUUCAUCUAAACAAACGAUUGCACAGCAUGAAGAAUUAAACCAUGCAUUCGCUUCAACUAUUUCCCUUUCUUUUUCAGGAAGAUGGGGCGGAGGCCGUAAGAAGCGCAUCACCCUAACGCACAGAAAGAAAACACUGCCUGACGCAGACAGACAAGUCUCCAGUCAGCCUCUCAUGUUUAGUAAGAGUGUGUUUAACUUGAGGAAGCUGAGCGAAAUGCCAAUUCAUCUCAUUUACUCUGGUCUCAGUGACAGAUUGGCCAGUGAAGUGUUGUUCAAUUUUGAGUGGAUCUACGGAAAAGUGCGUGGUCAGUCUCUGAGUGAGGUCUUAGAGGAUUACGUCGUUGCUUUGGAAGUGAGGCCUGACCUGGAUGUAAGGUGGGAAUAAUUGCUUGAAAUUUAUUAUUCUCACAAGCACUAAUAAUGGAAAGUUAUUAAGAGGAGAUGACUCUUUCAUGUCUGUAUCCACUGUAGUCCACUGUAGACUGACAUUUUAAUAACCUGAGCAGAAGGAGUUAUCCAAGUCACGUAAGGAGUUGUUAGUCAUUGGAAUGUUAAAAGUCGGGUUCCUUGAGGAUGGUCCGUCAGUUUUGUGAUGGUUCUGUAUGUACAGGCUGUUUGAUAUGUUGAAGUGAAAUGCGUUUAUCAAAAAUUACACCAAUUAAGUGAUUGGAUUCGGCUAAAAAAUCUGAUGGAAAGUUACUUAAUAACAAAAACGGGGAGAAACAUUGCUGAGGGGGAGAGGAGGAAUGAGUUGUGCGGCGUAUGAAUCACUUGCUUACUUCAACACUUCUUAAACGAAGAUUUGAACCCGAUUGAAGUUUUAACAGUUAGAUGAAAACCAUCCUAACUUAGUUUUUAUUAUCAUGUUAAGGUUUGUUCAUGACACGCUCAUCCUGGCAUGGAGCAACAUCAAGCAGGAUGUGGAUUGCCUGGCGACUCAGCUUCUAGGAAGACUCCUCACCUUCAGAGAGCAAUUUCCACGCAUCGCCGAUCUUAUUACGCAAUGUUACUGCUGGUGUGAUGCACAGCGGUCUCCUCUCUUUAUUCCCCAAUGCGCCUGCCUAAUCUCAGCCGGUGGACCGCUAAAAACCAAUUUGCGCGGGCACGAGCAAAGAGUAAACGAAAUCGCCGUUACAAGGGACGAUAAAUUUAUUGUCACUUCAGGCGAGGAUUCGCUCAUCAAUGUGUGGAACAGCAGUAAUCUGGAUUGCCUUCACACACUAAAAAUGGCAGACAAAGGGCCAAGUUGCCUUGUUUUAUCCUUAGAUGAUAAGUACGUCAUUGGCUCUGCCAUCGCGAGCAUAGGAGUAUGGGACAUCGAUUCGGGGGAAGCUGUACAGCGGUUUCACAAUGAAGGGGUAGUCACGUGUUUAGCGACUGGUUUCGACGGGGCUUAUGUUGUUACGGGCGGAGAUGAUGGGAUUGUUCGAGUGUGGAAGACAUUCUCUGGAACGAAGGAGAAAACCCUAAGCGGCCAUGAAGGUAAGUAGAACAAAGUAGAAAUUAGAUACCAACAAAAUUUGCAUCUACCUAUAAUUAAUUAGGAAAUAUAUUCUUAACUUGAGUUCGUGACAUUUAUAACAGGUUUGCCUCGUCGCUGUUAUUUCUGUGCCCAGUGAUUAAUAAGCCAUGCUUUAAUGUUGAUGAGUUUCUCGGUAUAAAAUGUGUCGUUUUAUUUUUCAAUAUUUCUUUCCCUACGGUUCAUGGAAGAUCAGACGUGAACUGGCCUCGGAUAAGGAACAUGAUUCGAGUUGUUUGCUUUGUUUUUGUUUUUUUUUCUAUUUAGGACCAAUCAACGCUAUCGCUAUAUCACUAAAUGGUGAAAUCAUCACUGGCUCCAAUGAUAGCACGCUAAGGGUGUGGUCGCUCAGCUCUGGAGAAUGCCAGGCUGUGUAUGACGGUCAUAUGAGCUCUGUUCUCUGCCUGGUGUUAACAUGUGAUGGAGAAAGCGUCAUAUCUGGCUCGGAAGACAAAACUGUCAAAGCCUGGCAUCUAAAGACGAAGAGUUGUGCUACCUUUAAAGGCCAUUCAGGUAAGUUGGAGAAAAACUCAUAGUCGUUAGUGGCAUGAAGGGUUGUACAAAUGAAACUCCAGUUCCGUAACAAGGGCCUAUUCCAGAACCCAGUUGUUAGCCUUGUGUCCAACUUUGAGCCUAGAGGAUCGAUAGAUCAAGUUUUCUCAUCGUCUCUCCUCUUUGCCUUGUACGACUUUGGCAUCCCAAUUGGAAAUGAUCAUCUCGUAGGCAAAACUCCUGUGGCCAAUGAGGCAAAAAGUAGGCUAAAGACAGAAACAGUGUUGUCCUUAGGGUAGUUGGACAACUUUGAUCGUGUCGGCAAUGAAGAUAUUAGAGAGAAACCUAGGCUCUCGGUCAUCUACAUCAAAACCCGUUGUGAACAUUUGAUUUUCUGCACUCUUGCCUUAAUGUCACUCGAGCAGUAUGCAUAAAUUAAAGAGUAGCGGCCUCCCAAAGUGAACUUAUUGUACUACGCCUAAAGCUUUACUAUCCAAUCGCAGGCUUGGUGAAAUGUCUUGCUUGUAUGAAGGAUGGCCGGCGAAUUGUAUCUGGAUCAAAGGAUGAGUCACUGAAGAUCUGGGACUUAGUCACUUUACAAUGUUGUGUCACUCUGAAAGGUCACUCAAACGCUAUCUGGCGUGUGGCAGUUGCCUCGGAUGACAGUUUUAUUGUAUCUGCUUCUAAGGAUGACACGUUAAAAGUGAGUGGGACUGUUCCACCAUCCAUUGAGAAAUUGGAGGUUUUCCACCGCACAAGCUGCAUCAUGGAGAGAGUUUAAGCUGCUCCUCCUUUGGACUUUGAAUAAGAGUUGUGAUAAGUGUUGUGUUGUCCAGUGUCUAGAUUUUUUCUUUCUCAAAGCCGUGAACGAUAUCUAAUUUUGUUUAGGCUUAUCUCGCGCUGCUCUUGGAUAUUCGCUGGUUUUCCUUAUUCAGCUCUUAGAAUUGUCCCCUGUCAACUCAGCAAGCCAACGGUCUUGUGCAUUAAGAACUCACAUGUACAAUGCAUAAACAGAUCAUGUCUUAGUAAAGUGUGAUACGUUUUUCUUUGUCUCUCUCAAGGUCUGGAAUCCAGCCACAGGUGAAUGCCAACAGACACUGAUUGGGCACUCAUCUUGGAUAUCCUGCGUUUCCAUAACAACGGAUUGCAAAACAAUAAUUUCCGGAUCAAAUGACAAAAACGUCAAACUUUGGUAUGCCGCGGGAAAUGAGCACGCGUGUGACAUUUCCACAGCUGGUGAUCGCAUCCUUCAUCGUGCUAAUCUGCCUGAAUGUGUUGCCAUUACAACAGACGGGCAUUGGGGGCUCUCUGGCUCAAAGAAUGACUCUUUAAAGCUUUGGGAUAUCUCUAGCACCAGGUGUAUCAAGAGUGUCUCUGGUUCAAUUGCAUGCAUCUUCGCAUUGCACAACUCCACCCGAGUGGUAACUGGCAUGCACAAUGGAGAGAUCACCAUUUGGAACUGCAGCACUCUGAAGGUCGAGAAAAUGUUUAAAGUUCACCAGGGCAGUGUGGUAUCGAUAAAAGUAUCCAAAGAUGAUAGCUUUGUUGUGUCAGCAUCGAGUGACAACACGAUAGGUCUCACCCAAAUUAGUGAAGGCCAUGCAGGGCAACUUGCUGGCCAUUCAGACGCUGUGCUAUGUGUAUCUCUUUUGAGUGGAGAAGAUUUUGCCAUCUCAGGAUCCAAAGAUAAAACUGUCCGUUUGUGGAACUUGAAAACAAUGAAUUGCGAGAGGUCCUUUGAGGGACAUACUGGACCUGUCGGCUGCCUGGCAUCAACGACUGACAACAGGAACAUCGUAUCAGGCUCCGAGGACUUCAAACUCAAGGUUUGGAGCAUUCAAAACGGAGACUGCUUGCAUACUUUAGAAGGUCAUAACGCCUCUAUCAAAUGUAUAGCAAUCACCGAAGACAAUCUAUUUGCUGUUGCUGGCUCCCACGAAGGAAAAGAGCAGCUUUUAUUAUGGAACUUAAAGACGGGGGACCGCGCGAGAAGCUUCAUCGGACACAUCCAUGCUGUGAUGCACCUCAAGAUUCUUCCACGAGACCUGAUGGUGACAAGCUCUCGAGAUGGUACCAUAAAACUUUGGAACAUUGUCAGUGGAAAAAUGAUCAACUCUUUCGAUUUUCAGUCGCAAGUGAAAUACUUUGUCCUUCAUCCAGUUGAUGGUGGUUACUCAGUGAUGCUGGCCACGCAGUCUGGUACGGUCUCUAUUUUGAAGCUCCAGCUCAGUAAAAAGGUUAUCGAAGAAAGUUCAGCAAUGCCGACACACAAUGUUUCCGAUACACUCGACGAGGAAAGCUCUGCUACAAAAGCAACACCUUACGAGGAAGCUCGUUGUUCCUUCUGCGGAAACACCAAUUGCUGCCGACAUUGCGCCCUCAUGUGAUUUAACAGAACAAGCCAGAAUGUAGUUCUGGUAUACAAAGUUUCGCAGUGACACUGAAAGUAACUAUGAAAUACAACAUACAAUAUUUUUUACUUAAGUGAAACCACCUAAGAAGCAUCAAAAUGCAAUUCUCUGGUCAUGCUCUAGAAGCGUAAUUUGGCGUAAGCUUCUUGGCAAAAUGAAGCUAUCCUAGCUGAAUCAAGGGUCUUUGAACGAAAUUUUUAUAGCAAAAACAGUGUUAACAAAAGCCUUAAGUCGUUUUAGGACAAAUUUAAUUUUUAAUUCGCACACUGAAACAGCCAAAGUCUAACAGGCGCACAAGUCUUAAAGUAAUAAAUAAAACCAAGCAUUGGAAGUCCCUUUCAUACUGUGUUAAAUGAUAAAAUUACAAUUAUAGUUAAUCUACAAUAUCGUAAGGGUUUCCUUGUAUUGGUGUCGAAAAAAAGGAAUGGCAAUAUUAUAUUAUUUUAAGUCAUUUAAUGCAAAUUAUAAAAAAAGGCAGGUUGAUUACUUCUUACUCCUUCUUGGUGGUCUUAUCUUAAAGGUUGAGUUUGGCCACGUUCUCCUAGUGAGUUUAUUCACGUUUUCCUCGUUGUGAUCGUGAGGUUGACGUGGAACUCGUGAUAAGCCAUGUUCUUAAUUAAGUUAAUUUGUUAGUCCAUGGAGAGUAAAUCUCCCUGGUAAUAGGUUGCGUUUGACACCUUCUUGUUCCCAGAGGUAAUUUAAGGUGUAAACAGGAGAUACCCCUCAUGUUUCGCAACCAAAAGCAAUUUGGGGGGCGGUACUUGUAAACGCCUUCCUUCUUUAACUCUUGUGACCAAGAUGUUGUUAUGUAACAAUCUUUAAAGGUGAUUUUCUCUUAAGAUACCCUUUCAGGCAUAAAUAAUACUCGGAACCAAGGUUAUUUGUGAUUUUUAUAUUAUCGAUCUCGUUUCUGUUCUGGCCGAUCUCAACCGUAAAGGUAUGAAAAUUAAGGUCGAAAUUGAUUUUGUAAUUGCGUAAACAACUCGAAGGUGCAUACUCAGUAUGUGGGAACUGUAAUACGUAGUCAAGCGUGAUUCGCUUGUUGAGAUGGUACGAUGACGACACAAGAAGAUUGACGGCUUAGAAAUGUCAUCCACAGUGUCUCCUUCAUAAGCGCAGACUUUAGUUUUCCCUGUCAGAUAGGAGUUAGUCCCCGUUGUGACAAC